AUGGCGGCGGAUCCCCCUCCCUCUCCCUCUUCUAAUGCUGCGAGUCCUUUCUUUCUUCACCCCAGCGAUAACCCCGGGGUUGUUCUGGUCACGCAACUCCUCUUCGGCGACAACUAUCACACUUGGUGUCGCUCAAUGACCAUGGCCAUUUCUGCCAAAAAUAAGCUAGGGUUCGUCGACGGUACGAUUACUAAACCCGCAUCUACUGCUUCUCUUUUUUCUUCAUGGCUACACUGUAAUAAUAUGGUGAUUUCAUGGUUGCUUAACUCGAUUUCACCCGAAAUCGCUGCUAGUGUUUUGUAUGUUACUACUGCUUUCGAGAUCUGGACCGAUCUCAAGGAACGGUUCUCUCAAAAGAAUGGACCUCAGAUCUUUCAGAUCCAAAAGUCUAUUUCCUCGUUAUCUCAAGGACAACUUACUGUUAGUGCUUAUUUUACUCGGUUGAAGGCUCUUUGGGAUGAUUUGCUUAAUUACAAGCCUGUUCCUAUGUGCUCUUGUGGUGCUGUUACUCUGUUGAAUUCCUAUGUUCAACAGGAACGCAUUUUGCAAUUCCUUAUGGGCCUGAAUGAGUCUUUUGCUUCGGCUAGGGCUCAGAUCCUGUUGAUGGAGCCCUUACCACCUCUUAACAAAGUUUUUUCCCUUGUUCUUCAAGAGGAACCACAGCGAGAAAUCUUUGUUCCCCCACCCCUUACUGAUGCUCAUGCUUUUGUUGCUAACUCUGAUUCCUUGCGACCUGUUAAGACUUUUCCUAAAAAAGAUCGGCCAAUCUGCAAGCAUUGUGGCUGCACUGGUGACGCCGGACAGGAUAGCGAUUAUCCUGCAGGCUAG